CAAAGACGGACCCAAUUUGUUUCCCCGCCAGUCUUUGAGACCGUGCAGUUCCUAUUCCUUCGUUACUGUAUAUUCUCUUGCAGAUCUUUCUACCGACUACAGAGGUCUCUAUACUUUGACAGGUCUUCCUGCUUUAUAAUUGCCUCUGGCAAUUAUUUUGUGUUACACGCCUGUCCAGGCUCAUUCAUCUACCGCAACGCCUCGCACCAUCGCGCCACAACAGCUCCUGCUUCGAAACACCCACGUAGCGAAAACCUUCCCUCUCGCCGUAGUCCAAAUCCCUCGUGGUCCUCUUCGAGAUUCCGACAAUGGAUCAAGAGGCGGCACAACCCCGGAAAUGCCCCGGCCUCAAUUGUGAGAACGAUGCCUCGACCUUGCAAUGCCCCAAGUGUAAAGAAAUGGGAGUCGAGAGUUUCUUCUGUUCGCAGGAUUGCUUCAAACGAAGUUGGGCUGAGCACAAAACCCUCCACAAAAAGAGCGGCCACUACAACCCGUUUCCCACCUACCGAUUUACCGGCCCCCUCCGUCCUGUAUAUCCUCUUUCACUCAAACGCGAAGUGCCCAAGUCAAUACCCCACCCUGAAUGGUCGCAAGACGGCAUCCCUAGAUACCCCUACGUGAGAAAGAACAAUGUCCAAAUUCUCGACGAGAAAGGCAUCGCGGGUAUGCGCAAAGUCUGUCGGUUAUCACGCGAAGUCCUCGAUAUCGCCGCAGCUGCCGCCAAACCCGGUGUCACCACCGACUAUAUUGAUGAGAUCGUCCACAAUGCGUGUAUCGAGAGAAAAGCUUACCCUUCACCGUUGAACUAUAACCAUUUCCCCAAGUCCGUGUGUACCUCGGUGAAUGAAGUCAUCUGCCAUGGCAUUCCCGAUCAGAGGGUUCUGCAAGAUGGUGACAUUCUCAACAUCGAUGUGUCACUCUACCACGAGGGGUACCAUGGCGACCUCAAUGAAACGUACUACAUUGGUGACAAGGCCCGAGCAGAUCCGGACAACGUUCGCUUGAUCGAGACCACCCGUCAAUGCCUGCAGAAAUCUAUCGAUCAUGUGAAACCAGGAGUUAAGAUUGGAGACUUUGGCGACAUAAUUGAGAAACACGCAAAAACACAAAAUCUCGGGGUUGUCAAAACAUACUGUGGCCAUGGCGUCAAUUCGCUAUUCCACUGUGCCCCGAACGUCCCUCACUAUGCCAAGAACAAAGCCGUGGGGAGAUGCAAAGCCGGCAUGACUUUCACAAUCGAACCCAUGAUCUGUCUAGGCACAUAUCGAGACGAGACGUGGCCCGAUGAUUGGACCGCGGUGACAGCAGACGGCCGUCGUUCAGCCCAAUUUGAGCAUACAUUACUCGUCACCGAAACUGGAGUCGAGGUGCUGACUGCAAGGUUACCCGACUCGCCUGGUGAACCAAUCGAAUUCCCUCCCCCUGCGACAAAUGGUGAGACAAAGGUGUGACAUAUGGAGUGUAUCUAUCCUCAAGCCAAAGACCACAAUCAGGGGGUUAUCAAGAGUACCCCACAUUCACCAUAGCCUUGGGAGACAGCAUUCAUGUUAGAUCUAGUGAUCACCAAGUAUGGUCGGAAGUGGAAAUCCUAAGGUAUUCAGCAAGACCAUGGACGCGACAAAGGGCAGGUUUUGCACAGAAUGUCAGCCAUGUAACAUCCAUUACAAUGUAUGUAGGAUGACUGCGCAAGACAGGCCCCGAUCAAUACUAUCCUUUGGCAUCAUCCUCAAAAAUGACUGCCUUUUGCAAAUGACGAUGUUGUGAUGGACGCUGACAGGUCCUAUUGCAUUGAUGUCAUCUGUCAUCCUGUCACUGAAUCUGUAUCGUCAUUCAACUUGCUUCCUGCCGUAAGAUAAGCUGACGUCGAUC